CAAUCAACAAGUUACGUGAAUACGAUCGCCUUUAGUCUUUAAACUUAUAUACAAUAUACAUACCUAUUUGGUAUACAAAUUUCGGUCGAUUGUGUGUGUAUUUCUAGAGUAUAUAUGUACUUUAAAGAGUGUGAAGCCAUCACCCAGCAAGAACUGACCACUUAGGAGCCAUGACAACAACCAAAGAUCCCAAGGAGAAGGGACCAACAAUAAAGACAACAGCACAGCCGGCCCAAACCAAUGGAGUAGCUGGUGGUCUUAUGAAGCGUCUGCGACGAUCCGCUUCCGUAACCGAGCACAAUCUGAGCAGUCUGCGCAACCGCAAGUCCACGCAGCAUCUCUUCGAUCAGCAUGGCAAUCCAAUAGAUUUGCAGCAGUACCGCAAGGUGCUGGACAAGGAUGAGAACGGCAAUGGAACCAGUGAAAAGAAACUGCGCUAUAGACGCACCCAAAGCGUCACACGUGCAGAGGAGAUCUCCAACAAGGAGGCCAAACAGCGCAAAGCCCAACCCGAUAGAUCUAUUCAUCGUCCACGGGACUCGCUGUUCUCAUGGAGCUCGGGCUUUACCAACUUUUCGGGUCUGGUUAACUGGGCCUUUCUUCUGCUCUGCAUGGGCGGUCUGCGUCUGGGCCUCGAGAAUCUGCUCAAAUAUGGCAUACGCAUCAAUCCCAUUGACUGGUAUUUCUUUCUAAGCGGUCGCAACGAGGGCGAAGGACACAAUUCCCUGUUUCUAGUACUCUACUCUUUCGUACACAUAUCGAUUUGUUUGGCUGUCGAGAAGGGUCUCGCCCUGGAAAUAAUUUCCGAGGGCCUUGGCAUGUUUAUUCAGACAAUAAACAUAAUUGUAUCGGUUUGUUUCCCUGUUGUGAUUAUUCAUCUCAAGGGUUCCACGUUUAGCAUAAUGGGUGCCACAACUGUGUGUUUCUAUUAUGCCAUACUGUUCUUGAAACUAUGGAGCUACGUCCAGACAAAUAUGUGGUGUCGAAAGACCUAUUAUCAGCGACAGCCCCGUGAACGACGACCAAGUAUCAGUGUAGCCGAGCUUGAAAGAAAUCACAAGAGUGGUGUCGAGGACGAUGAGGAUGUGGCGAAGCUGGUACAAUAUCCCGAUAACUUGAGCUACAAAGAUCUCAUGUACUUCUUAUUGGCACCCACUCUUUGCUAUGAACUCAAUUUUCCGCGCACUUCGCGGAUUCGUAAGCAUUUUUUGCUGAAACGUUUGCUGGAAACGUUUGUCGGUGUUAAUGUUGUACUGGCCAUAGUCCAACAAUGGAUUACACCCUCUGUGCGCAAUUCCUUGAUACCCUUCUCCAAUAUGAACAUGGGAGUGGCUACGGAACGUUUGCUGAAACUCGCUUUACCCAAUCAUUUGUGCUGGCUGUGCUUUUUCUACCUGAUGUUCCACUCAUUUCUGAAUGCUAUUGGCGAGGUGAUGUAUUUUGCGGAUCGCAAUUUCUACUGUGACUGGUGGAAUGCCAAUAAUAUUGACACUUUCUGGCGCACUUGGAAUAUGCCCGUACACAGAUGGUGUGUUCGUCAUCUGUAUAUUCCCGUUGUACAGAUGGGUUAUUCCUCACGUCAGGCAUCCACAAUGGUGUUUCUGUUCAGCGCCUUUUUCCAUGAGUAUUUGGUUUCAGUACCGUUGCAAACCUACAAAAUUUGGGCCUUCCUUGGCAUGAUGGGUCAGAUACCGCUGUCGAUCAUAUCUCGGUAUAUAGAACGUCGAUUAGGGCCACGCAUGGGAAAUAUUAUUGUUUGGGCUUCCAUUAUUUUGGGUCAACCAUUGUGCAUAAUGUGUUAUUAUCAUGACUACGUUAUUACACAUUUCCAGACUGCGUUAAAUGGUACCGAAUUUCAGAAUAGUUAGACAUUUGGUAACACCAUAAUCUGGUCUGUACUUUUAGAAUAAAUAAGCCAAAAAUGCCAGUUGAUAAAACUUGAAUGCCACAUACAAAUCAAUUUUGUAGUUUUGCGAAUGCAUUGCAGUGGAUAACAUAAUUCUAUUGUUAUUCCAUGCAUUUGUUAAUGAUUUUAAGCCGUCAUGUAAAUAAAGAAAAUGGAUUUUUUAUUUAA